ACCAUCAGUUUUUAUAAGUACAACUUUUGCUUUAGGGAACCUUUCCAAAUAUUAAUUGAUGGGACGUUUUGUCAGGCGGCGUUAAAGAAUAAGAUUCAAAUCAAAGAGCAAUUGCCAAAGUACCUCAUGGGAGAAGUUCAGCUCUGUACCACAAACUGCGCCUUGAAGGAACUUGAAUCUCUUGCAAAAGACCUCUAUGGAGCAAAACUCAUCUUACAGAGAUUUCAGAUAAGGAAAUGCAAACACAUGAAAGAUCCAUUACCUGCAUCCGAGUGUUUGUUGUCAAUGCUUGGGGAGACAAAUCCACACAACUACUUCAUUGCAACUCAGGAUCAAGAGUUGACGACGGCCCUGAAGAAGAUUCCUGGGGUUCCUCUGCUCUACAUUAUCCUGAACACCAUGGUGUUAGACAAGCCCUCUGAACGCUCGCUGAAGCAUGUUGAAGCGGUUCAGCUGGGUGAGUUAGUGAGCCCAUCACAACAGCUAAGCAUCCAGAGUCUGAAAGAGAAGGAGGGCCUCAGCAAAGACAAUAAUGACAAGAGAGGCAAAAAACGUAAGAGGAAAUCCAGCAAUCCCAACCCACUUAGCUGCUUGAAGAAAAAAAAGAAACUCAUGCCUAAACAGCCCAAAAAGACAGAUGGAGAGAAAAAAAAGCGGAAGAGAAAUAAAAAGCGAAGACCUGCUGGGGGAGAAGAAGCGACAGUGGCAGUCAGCUCCAAUCCCACAACUGCCUAGAGACAAGCCUUGCUUCUAUAAGACUACCAGUUAUUGUUUGUUUCUAAGCAUUUUUAUUGUAAAUUUUGUCCUUUUCCUAGACCAUGAAUUUAUGCCACCAAACCACUUGCUUUGUCUAAUAAACAAGUGUUUCUUUUAUUAUCAAAA